AUGGCCUUAGCACACCCUGGCACUUGCCAGAUGUUGAGAAGCAGCAUGGCAGAGCCGUUUGGGAACGCGGAAAGAUCGCAUCGCGCUUUGAAGUGGGGUUCGAUUGUGCAAGUGCAACGGUGGUGGAGGGGCGGCCACGGAAGACGUGCCUCUCUAGACCUGAAGACAAUCAGGAAUUGCCAUACGAAGCUCAUGACGACAGGGUCAGUUGCAGACGUGAUGCGAAAUGGACGUCCUUCGACAUCCCGGUCUCAAGAUGUUGAAACAGUUCGACAGACAAUUGAAUGUAGCCCAAAAAAGUCGCUGCGACAAGCGACCAAGGAGACUGGGAAUUCCGCAUAGUCAACGAACCGAAAUUCAUGGAUGAGUACAUCCCAGCAGGAAUCUUCGGAGACCUUACAUUUCAGGAUGUGGAAAUAAGUUGGCACCAUCCACCAUCACACCAGUCUCAGCGCAAUGCAUUUCCCCUUAAGAAAAUCCCCCCUAUGGCAAUCCUUCCAUUUAAAAACAGUCUAGUGAAUCUCGCCAUUCAAUCUGGGAAUUUAGAAGACUUCCCAUUCCAUAGUCUUCAUGCAUUCAAGCUUCUGAAAUAUCUCGACCUCUCCUGGAAUUCAAUAACUUCAGUCCCAACCCUCAAGAGCGAGAGCAUCUUGAUACUGCAUCUUCGGAAUAACAAGAUUACUCGAUUGGAGCG